CAUCGUGGUGGAUCGUCCAUCUCUUGGGGUUUAUACUUCAUAGUUUACUUACUCUCAUGAUACUUCUUAACGAAUUGGCCUGUACAACCAAAUCAUCGUCUUCCUCGUAACUCCUAAACCAAACCUUGGAUCACUCUCGAUCAACUCAAUCAAUUAAUUCAUUUUCAUGGACGCAUACGUUUCUCCGAUCACCCAAGAUUUAUCUGAACCCGACAUUUAUUUAUACACUCCCAGUGGGAAGCGCAUCCCAGUGCACGCAUCCAUUUUGGCUUCGGCAUCCCCAGUUCUAGGAAACGUGAUAACGUGGAAGGGAGCCGUUAAAAUCCAGGGCGUCCCAGACGGCGCCGUGACGGCGUUCGUAGAGUUUCUGUACUCGUCCAGGUGCAGGUGCAGGUGCAGGGAGGAGGAGGAGAUGGAGAUGGAGAUGGAGAAGUACGGAAUGCACCUUCUAGCGUUGUCGCACGUGUAUUUGGUGAGGGUUUUGAAGCAGAGGUGCGUGGAAGGACUGGGGAAGCGCGUGAGCACGGAGAACGUGGUGGACGUGUUGGAACUGGCGAGGCUCUGCGACGCACCCGAUCUUUACCUCAAGUGCGCCAAGCUUCUCGCGAGUCAUUUCAAAUCCGUGAGGGAAACAGAGGGGUGGAAGUUUCUCCAAACCCACGACCCGUGGCUGGAACUCGAGAUUCUCCGCUUCAUGGACGAACACGAAAAGAGGAAGAGGAAAUCGAGGAAGCGGAGGGAGGAGGAGAGGGUGUACGCGGAGCUGAGCGAGGCGAUGGAGUGUUUGGAGCACAUUUGCACGGAGGGGUGCACGCACGUGCGGCCGUGCGAUGUGGAGGGUGGGCGAGGGAGAGGACCGUGUAAGAAGUUCGGCACGUGCGAGGGUGUUCAGGUGCUGAUUCGGCACUUUGGAACGUGCCAGAGGAGGGUGAAGGGAGGGUGUUUGCGGUGUAAGCGCAUGUGGCAGCUCUUUAGACUCCACUCUUCUAUUUGCCUAUGCCAACAUUCAUGCAAGGUUCCUCUUUGCAGGCAAAUUCGAAUGAAAAAGGAGGAAGAGAACAGAAAAGAUGACGCAAGGUGGAAAGUACUAGUGAGGAAAGUGGCCUUGGCUAAAGCCAUGUCUUCCUUGGCACUGCCAAAGAGGAAGAGGGAUGAGGAAACUAGACCUGAGUAACCUUAAAAUAAUAAUCCUGAUUCCUGUGAUAUAGUACUGUAUCAUAAGUUUCAUAUAUGUUCACAUACAGGGCUAUGUAUAGUGCCAUGCUUUAUCGUUUUUGAUAUAUUGAUUAUAUCUUAUAGAGAGAAGUUUUAUGUAAUGUAGAACUAUAAAUCAACAAGGUUUUGGAUAGUGUGAGUGUGAUCCUGCUGUGCAUGGCUGUUUAGAGGAUUGCUAGGUUCCCUAGGUAUAAAAUCACAAAAUAAUUGAGAAAUGGCAAAAUGUGGUGUUAGCCUGUGAUUAGUAUUUUUUUCCCUCAUGAGUUAUAAGGCAAUACUCAUGAUUGAGAUAAUCUCAAACAUAUUCUGUUUGUUUUAAUGGCAGGAAAAUAAAAGUAAGGAUGUUUAAUAAAAAAAAAUAGAAUGAUGGUUUGUUUUACUAAGU